AUACAUGAAUGUAAAAAGCAUAUCAUUGGCAUUCGGUGUUACUCAGUGGGUCAACAGUUCAUUGUGUGCUCACGUACAACAUGUACAAGCUACAAUCAAUUUCUAAGUGGCUAUAUAUGCACGUAUAGCAUCCAUGAACUCAAUUCUUUAGCUUCAACUUUCAGCUAAUUAUGACUUGGAUCUCCAUGUAGAUCAGCAAUUUCAGAAUUGAAGGAGAGGAAUCAGAAGAUAAAAGAUAGAUAUAACCCCAAAAUAUCGAACCUGAAGAAACUGAUGCCAUUACACAAUGAAGUUAACCCUGGUAUCACUUCUACUCGUCAUCAUCAGUACCACUCCUUUGAUUAUGGGUGCCAAGAUAAUCAUAACUGUUACCAUGCCGAUGGCCAGCAGUCAUGCCCUGGGUUUGGCCGCCAUUGGGAGACACCUUCAACAGCGCGGCCAUGAGAUCACCAUUUUAACCAGCUCUUACGCCGGAACUAAAGGAUUCAAGGAUGAUGACUUCAGCACCUCCGUCCAAUAUCACUUCGAGUUACCACCUGACUUACCACCAAGCGAACAACUUGAAAAGGAUUUCAACAACCUAGCGUUCGAGCCAGAUUUUCGGGAAGCCUUCAAAGCCUUCGGAAUUGUUUUCUACUUGAUGCGAUCCGGUUGUCAGAGUCUCUUCGAGGACUCUGCGGCACUUGCAAAGCUCAAGGAGGCUAAAUUUGAUAUCCUCAUCGGUGACGCCUUUGAUGGGUGUGAAGCCAUGCUCAGUAGUUACCUAGGGAUUCCCCACAUCGCGGUAACAACCGGGACAAGAUAUCCCCUGUUUAAUGAGCAUACCCUGGGCAUCCCCAGCCCAUCAUCCUACGUCCCCUUCAACCUUGUCUUUCCAUUUACUGACAAGAUGUCCUUUCUAGAGCGUGUUGCAAAUUUUUUCGAGCACAAUCUAGUCAGGCACAUAUUUGAAUGGCCACACUUUCGCGCUUUGAACGAGGUUAAAGAAAAACAUGGGAUUGCACCGGGGAAAAGCAUCCAAGAGCUACAGGCAACGGCAGAACUGUGGUUCGGCAUGUCGAGCUACGCCCUUGAUUUUCCCCGACCAACUGUACCAAGCUUCGUUGGACUAGGAGGUCUAAUAGACGUACCUCUAAAACCCCUACCAAAGCAAUAUGCAGACUUUGUAGAAGGGUCGGGGGAGCAUGGCUUCAUCCUCUUCUCAUUGGGUACGCAUUUCAGUGAGUUCCCGAGACAAGAAACGGCGGAAGUUUUUGCAAGAGUUUUCAGUGAGCUUCCACAGAGAGUCAUCUGGCGUUAUACCGGACCACGCCCGCGUAACCUUGGUAACAACACCAUGAUUGUGACAUGGAUGCCACAGAACGACCUACUGGGUCACCCAAAAGUUCGGCUGCUGAUGUACCAUGGCGGUCUAGCGGGUAUUUAUGAAGCCAUUCGUCACAAAGUGCCCAUGAUCGUUAUGCCAAUCUUCGCCGAACAACCCGCAAACGCCGCCAGAGUCACUGCUAAAGGAAUGGGGAGACUGCUAAGAAAGGAUUCCAUAUCGUACGUGACUGUCAAAGAAGCGAUAGUCGAAGUUCUCGAAAACCCAAGCUACAUGAAGAAUAUACGACGGUAUUCGGAUAUCUACAAAGAUAGGCAAAAUCCGCCAGGAGAGACUGUGAUCUUCUGGGUGGAACACAUCCUGAAAUUUGGAGGGUCACACCUGAGAACCAGAGCCUUGGAGCUAAACUUCAUUCAGCUUCAUUCCAUCGACGUCCUCGCUUUUAUCGUCGGGAUCGCACUCGUUAUCGUCUUCCUUCUCAUUUUAGGUUGUAAACGAUGUAUCAGUUGUUGUGUGAAAAGCAAGAAGACUAAAUUAGAAUAGAUCGUUAAUAUGCUUAAAAUGUUCCCAAGACCUCUGAAUACCAUAUAAACUCUAGAUAUUCGCUAAUUAUGAUGUAGACUCAUGCAUGCAUCAGUGUCAUGGCAAUUCAUUGUGCCUUUUGUUUCCAUAAGGACGUCUUUACAUUUCCUGUUUGAAGAUGGCAUUGACUGAUAUCCAUAGUUGGGGUUGAUUAGAUCAAUCACAACUCUUUGCAAGACGGGGCGGUGGUAUUUUAAAAGAUGACGGGAAUUAUCUGAAAUAGUCACAAGAAUACAGAAUUGAUAAUGAUAUAUGAAUAAUGCAUUGUAUUUUAGAUUGUUUGAAUGAUGAUAGUGACAUAUCUUAUUUACUUUGAGGCUAACCUCGAUUACCAUUUUGAUAAAGCUCCAAUUACCAUGUGUUCUGUAUAUAUGAUUGUGAAUGAAAUGUGUACUUGAUGACAGUUUGGUCACAAAUUAUAUUAAAUUAAAUCAAAUUGUUUUUUCACAAGAAUACUUUCUGUGAAGGUUUUGUGAAGACUGAUAUACAUGGUGCAUCACCUGUUGAUCGGCGCUAAGACUGACCAAAACCAGUUUUAUACCUUCCUAGAUCACUCUAAAUCGGUUUAAACCGACAAAAACCGUCCAGAAACAGUU